AAUAAAUACAAUUAGAAAAAGGGUUGUACUGUAUUAUUUCCUCUAUCUGCUUUCUUCCUCCUAUUUAUACUCACGGUGACUGACUAAUUCAUCACCAAGAUACUAAUAAUCCAGUUCUUUGGAACGUUUCAAUUUUUUCUUUCAGCCAAUGGCGGAAAGGUUGCCAAUGAUUUUCCUCUUUGCUUUACAUUUGUUAGUAUCGGGAGUGUUUUCCAUGAGUAUACUUACCAUAGAGAACAAGUGCAAUCACACAGUUUGGCCAGUUAUCUUCUCAUGGAACGUGGACUCACAGGUCUCCCCAACAGGCUUCGCUCUCAGGAGAGGUGAGGCGCGAGCCAUACAGACGCCAUCUUCAUGGUACGGUCUUAUCUCGGGUAGGACGCUAUGCUCCACCGACUCAACAGGAAAAUUCUCUUGCGCCACAGGAGACUGCGAAUCCGGCAAGAUUGAGUGUCCCGGCUCAUACAGUUGGGCUCCGGUGACUUAUGUCUACUUUAGAAUUGAUAAUGGUGGCAUCAACAGCUACACCAUCAGUGUUGAAUACGGUUACAACCUUCCAGUAAUGGUGGUCCCUUCACAGCGUAGCCGGACAUGUAUCAGCGCCGGUUGUGAUGUUGAACUGAACAAGACUUGUCCAAAAGAUCUUAUGAUAAUGUCCAGAGGAACUCCAGUCGCAUGUAGUAGCACGUGCAUGGAAUCUAAUACUCCGGAGACUUGUUGCACCCGCGACUUCAAGUCAAAGCAAAACUGCAAGCCGACGGUAUACACGCAAAACUUCGAGCGAGCUUGCCCACUCGCUCAUGUAUACGCCUAUGACGAUAAUAAUAGCACCGUUACAUGCCUCAACUCUACUGACUAUGUCAUCACGUUUUGCCCUUCCUCUAAUCCAAACAAAACCAAGUAGAGUUACGUAAGUACCCCGUAGCUGGUUUUAUUACAAUUUUGCUAGGGGUUGAUUACGUCAAACAAACAUCACAUGUUUUCAACUUCGAUUAGAAAAUAGAAAAAUGUGUUUUCAAGUCAAUGUGUAUUUUUUUCUUUAGUAAUUAUAAUAAGAGUGAAUUGUGUUCCCAUCUACAACAAGAUAUAU